GAGCGGUUCUCCUGCGUCCCGACAGUGCGCGGCCGCCGGACCCGGCUGGAGGGCGGGCGGGCGGAGCCGGGCCCGUGGGGCUGCUGCUGGGCGAUCCGGCUGGGCUGCGGGCGGCGCCAUGGGCUCUCGUGUCCAGCCUGAGUUCCAGCCUUGCUGAGCCGGCCACCCCCAAGAGCUUCCUGCCUCGGAAGCCUCCCCUGCGCUGACCAUGUCUAUCAUGGACCACAGCCCCACCACGGGUGUGGUCACAGUCAUUGUCAUCCUCAUUGCCAUCGCUGCCCUGGGGGCCUUGAUCCUGGGCUGCUGGUGCUACCUGCGGCUGCAGCGCAUCAGCCAGUCAGAGGACGAGGAAAGCAUCGUGGGCGAUGGCGAGACCAAGGAGCCCUUCCUGCUGGUGCAGUACUCGGCCAAGGGACCGUGCGUGGAGAGGAAGGCCAAGCUGACCCCCAACGGCCCAGAAGUGCACAGCUGAGCUGGGAUGCAGAGGCUCCUGGGCAUGUGUACAGCCAGCCGAGAGGCGUGGGAGGGGGAACCCCCAGACAUGCUGCCGUUUGAGAGGAGGGGUUGACACUUGCUGGCAUGGCCUCGCCGGGCUUCGUCAUCGCAUGCACUGACUCCCGGGGUCCCGGCUGUCCCGAGCCAGGACUCGGUGGCCCUGGGCACCUCCUUGGUCUCCUGGUGGGGCUGCCCAUUGCAGGCAGUGGGCAGGCCUGACCUUGCUGGGGCUCACAGCCCUGUAGCGCUUUUGUUACUUGAAUGUUUAGCUGAGCCUGUUUUUGAUGGAGCUACUACUGUAAUGCGUGAACUCACAAACCUGUGAACUGUAAAUAGGCCCCAGAAGCACGUGCUUAAGCCUUUUUUGCUGAUUUUUAAAAAUACCGGAUAGCAUACAUGGGACUGACCGCACUGAUGAUGAGCUGAGUCCAGGCUGUGGAGGAGGGUCUUAGACAUGGAAGGCCCACGUUGCACUUGGCAGGGGCCUCUAAUAUAUACGUGUGUGUUAUGUAGGGGAUGUGACAUGUCAGUUUUAAGUUUCGGGGCUGACCUGUUGGGGUGCUUUGGUGAUUUCUGCUUGGUUAGCAAUGCAUAGAAAAACCACGCCCCCCACCCCCACCCCCUUUCUCUAGGUAGGUUUGGUCUUUAAAUACCAGUUCCUGUUAAUAGUGGAGUUAUUGCAAGGAAGCUACUGCAGCUGCUUGGGAGCCAGUGAAGGAUGAGUCAGGGCACGCGUCCCGAGGGCUGCCAGGCGUCCUAGUGGCAGAGCAGUUUCUUGUCCCCUUGGUCUUGAGCAUGCUGAGCACUCCCUGUCCCCACACCCACCCAGCAUUACUUAACAGGCUACCUUUACCUGACACCCAACCUGCCCAGUUAAGAGAGAAAAUUGUGGUUUUUGUUUUGCUGUUGUAUUUAAUAUAUUCUGCACUGGAGGGGAGUGGUAGGGGACUUAAGAGGUUCCCCCCACGCCUUCCCUUUUUACAAAUUAGCUUCCUUCUCAGAUUACCAUCCACCUGCUGGGUACUGGAUUUCACUUUCCUCAGCAGGUCACCUAGAAGGAGAGACCCCCCUGACCCACUAUGAGAGUACCAAGUGUGGUGGAAGGUCAUUUCUUGUGUGCAUGUGCACAUGCCUAGUGGUGGGUACCGGGGGGGAGGGGCGGGGGGAGAGUGUUUGAGGUUCAGGACUUGGUUUUCAAAAAGAUGAGGAGUUGGUGGCUCUUGAUCGGGCCAGCGUCCCCAGCCUGCAUCUCUAAGGUGUCCCUUCUGUAUACUUCAGUGAACGCGCUUCGAUUUUUAAUCCCACCACUGUAAGCACAUUCGAAACUAUCCUGAUUAAACUCUGACUUGUAUCAGCAUCCUUGCUAAUGAGCUGGAGGCCAGCUCUGGCUUAACCUCCGACUUGAGUGGCCUGCCAGCAGCAUGGACAGGGGGCUUCCAUGGGGGGCCUCAGCCAUGCCAGCCACCCCCACCCGUCAGAGCCCUGGGCUCCUGGUCAGGCUGACGGCAGCACCUAUGGCCUCAUUCAAGUCUCCUCUGAAAAGCACGUUGAACUAAUCUACUUUCUAGAACACCGAGGAAGCUUAGGGAACAUUUAUUUUAGCAGCAUAUGCCUAAAUUGGGGGUCAGUCAUGAAGUAAUGGCUUGGGGCGGGGUGGUAGCUAGUUAGGAAAUUUGAACUGAAGACAAGAGGAAACGUCUUUGGCCCCUGACUGGGCAGGGCCAAGUGUAUGAGUUAGACUGGAGAGCAGCAGAGGCCCGGCAGGCCGGGAAGCGGGGACAGAAGUUCCAAAGGUGCCAACCUGACGAUCAGGGAGGUUUGCUUUCUAAUGAAGGAUGCUCAAGAAAAAUGUGGAAGGUGUAGGGGUGUUUGGUCCAUUCCCCUCGCAUUCCAGAACUUCCAAGCUUUCUACCUCUACUUUCCACAGCCAGCAGCAUACACCUAGGCUGUCUUUCACGUGCGUAACCCAGGAGCACCUGGGACUUGCAUUUUCAGUCUCUGAGCCUGACCUUGAAAAUGACCAUCCCUUGCUGGUCAGACUUGCCCUGAGGUUUUUACCGUGCCAGUGAAGUUUUGCUUUUGAAUUGAUGAAACAUCACUUUCUCCUUAGUUUGACUGCUGGAAGUUCUCUAUCCCACUCCCCGGUCGCCAGGGACAACAUCUUUGCAGUUUGAAUCCAUCCCAUCAGCAUGCUGGCAGUGCCGGGUGAGGGUCGCAGGCACAGUGGGGCACUCGUGGGGGUGUCUGGGAGGAAAGUGGAAGUGCCUGUUGAACUGGUGAUCCACCACAUAAUAGCUUUCACUGUUCUUAUUUAUCAGUAGCUACUUUUUUUAGCGUAGACACCAGAGCCACACACUCAACUGGCUUAGUAAGUUAUGACCUCUCAUUGGAUUCUUUCUGAAUAGCCCACUGUUGCAUUCAAGCUUUCUGACUAAUCAGUCAAGAAAUGAACCUUUCAUCCUGCAUGUCAUCACAGAAGCAACAGUAGGAGAAUGGGGAGGGAACUCAAGACACUGAGCCACGAAAACAUGGACUAAUUUUUCAGACAAAUCUACAAAUGGACUGUGCUACUGUUUUUGUCUCAAAGCUACCAAGUUUGUGCAAUAAGUGGAAGGGAUGUCAUCUCUGUUCAAUAAAAGUCAAAUGACAUUCAAGCUGA